AUGCUGGCUUUGGGCGCCGAAGACAUUGAGGCUCGAUUCCUCCGGGGCACCAGCGAGGCCACCAAGGACCUGGCAGUGGGCGUCAUCGGCCGCACCCUCACCAGCCCACACGACGCGACCGCACUCAUUCGGCAGCAUGGAGCCGACCCCAAGAUCGCGCCUCGGCUGCGGGAGAAGGGCAGCAGGGAGGAACGCAGCAACAGUGAUGGGUUCGGCUACUCGCUCCUGAGUCUGGCCAUCGACAACAAGUCGGACAACACCGUCGGAGCCAUCUCAGCAGAUGGGGUGCUGACACGGAGUGUGGCCCUGCCCCAGUGGCCCGACGGGCUGCAGGAAGGCAUCCUCACCGCGCUCAUCGACGGAGGCGCUGACCCCACCGCACUCAAACCCCUUCAAGUGGCGAUCAGCUUUGCCAACGAGGCGGCCUUCGAUCUGCUCAUGGCGCGUCACGACCUAUCCGGAACUGACCUGCGCGGGUCGUGGUUGAUGGGGCUGCCCAGGCCGCUGUCUCCGAUCGCCGCCCACCAACGCCCCCCGCCCACCCACUUUCUGAAGGUGCUCAUGUCCAUGUAUCAGCGACUCAUCCAACGAGACCCCACCCUCGCCACCGCCACCGAACCUUUUCGCGAUGACGUACGCGAUGGCUUCAACCUCGUGCACAGAGCUGCCGAAGUUGCGAAGGGCCUCUAUCCCCAGUGGUUCAUGGACAGCUACCUGGACCUCAUCGUGGCGAACGGGGCCGACACGAUGGCAGAGACCCCCCGUCUCGGAGAGACGCCGCUGGACUUGGCGGCAGAAGAGGGCUCUCCAGAGGUGGCCGACUACCUCUGCCGCAAGCUGCCCGCUGACCAGAUCGACAGACGGGAGGCCCGCGACACACCCCUCGGCAAGGCUGCAUCGUGUCUCGAUUGGCGCACCCGGACGGUUCAGGACCCCUCCAUCCUCGAGUGCAUCAAGGAGAUUUACGAUGCCCCCAUUCCCAGAUACAAGAUGACCAUCCGUGCGCUGCUGCGGGCGGGGGCCGACAUCAACAGCAUCCACACCUCCUACGACACGGAGAGAGACCGCUAUUGCCGCCAGCUGGUGCUGAUCGAGCACGCGACAGUGCUCAACGAGCUGCCGGGUGCCGUCAUGUCGGCCGUCAACGCUGCACUCUCCCCCCAUCGCUCACUUGCGGCCCUCCUGACCCCCCGGCUGGCCGUCGGCCCCCACGAGGCGCCCAUCUUCGGCUGGCGGAUCGCAUCUUACCUCUUCGACAUGGCUGCCGCCCGGGAGGCCAUCAGUGAGGCGAUCGGUGUGCGGCACAGCGUCCUGGCCCGACGUGUGCGUGCGGCUGUCGAGCACUUCGUCCGUUCGGCAGUGCUCAGGGCCAUCAGCAACAGGGAGGUGGUGGGCCGCAAGGAGACUGUGGGCGGCGUGGUGGUGCGGGUGCCGCUGCAGUGCUUCGCCAUUGCCGAUGGGGCCGGCCGUCUGGGGCUGCGUGAGGUGGUGCACAAGGCGCGGCUGGACGAGGCGGCACUGCAUGGUGUGGAGGGCGUGGCCAAGGGCUUCAACGAGCACCUGGGCGAUGACGAGUGCCAAUUUGCGUGGCGGCAGCUGGGCUGGCGUGUCGAGGGCAGCAGUGGGGGGGAGCUACUAUCGCUGGGGAUCACCUGA